UGUAAUAAAAAUCUUUAUUCUGUAUCAACAAAACUCGAUAUUCAUACGGCGUACCGGUCAGCCUCUGGUCCGCGGCGUUCCUUCCAAACCACGAGAAGCAACGUCUAGGGCUCGAGCCUCGUGUCCGCUCUCAUCAACCUCAGAUUCUGAAUCCAAUUCUUCAAGACGCAUUGACUUCAUAGGCAGCAGAUCUUACUUUCGCUCUCUCUACAAUGGACGAGUCCUAUACAAGCCUCCCCACCAGUCAUCUGCUUGGCUCGGUUCCUGCUGCGAUCAACGAAGAAAAGAUUGCUUCAAACUAUGAGGUCCCUGGAGCAAAUAUGCAAAUAUUCCCUCCCAAUAACGGAGGAGAAAGAGGGAAGGGUUAUCAAACUCUUGGAAGUCCACCUGAAGGAUUUGAGCAACAACCGGAAAAUGGCUGGAAAGGGGUGUUUAGUAUCUCAUCAUACACACAAUAUUUCAAUGUCGAUACAGACAUUGUCCUAAACAGACUGAUGAGUUCUUUGUAUCCCAUUGGCGGAGACUUUUUUAGCAAGAUUGAUGCUAACCCUGACCUAUAUGGGCUUAUCUGGAUAUCCACUACAUUGGUAUUUUUGCUUGCUGCUUUUGGAAAUUGUGCCACCUACCUCAUGGAGAAACACAGCGACAGCACUACUUCAUGGAGCUUUGAUGUCAGCUACGUAAAUUUGGCAGCAGGUUCAGUCUAUGGCUAUGCAAUUGUGGUGCCAGUGGCAUUUUACUUCUUGCUCCAGUAUCUAGGUUCAAAUGCCAGCCUUGUUCGAUUUUGGUGCUUGUGGGGAUAUUCUCUCUUUGUUUUUGUUCUGGCCUCGGGUGAUUGGUGGACAAUGGACACCAAGAAGUCACCUUGAAAAGAUUGAUGAUCAUCUAGGGAAUCUAAUACUCAUGCUUUGGAAUAUUUUCCAGUUUCUGUUGCUCAUUCCGGUUGAGUUUCUUCGGUGGAUCAUUAUAAUUCUUGCUGGUUCUGCGUCAGCAUGCUUUGUAGCCUUGAAUCUCAGGUCUUAUAUAGCGGGAAGUGAUCUUUCGUUGAUGGUGGUUGCUGCAUUUUUCUUGCAAUUGGCUUUGGCAAUCUUCAUCAAGGUCUCGUUCUUCCCAUGAGCUCAUGCAGUGGGGCCUGUGCGGUGACCAGAUCUGAAACCAGUGUUUCCUUUGGUCGAGAGAUGGGGAUUCGUCUGGUAGGAGAGUUACUGUGUGUUGCGAUUACUCCUUCUCACUUGGUUGCAUUUGUAAUUUAGUAAAGAGUCUUGACUCUUGAGCCAAAGAAAGGGAGAGAAUUCUGAGGAGUUUAGUACCUUUGAUGAGUGGAAGUGAUUUUUGGCAUCGGUUUCAGAAACACCAACACUAGCGAGAGGAGAGAACGAAAUCAUUGAAAUUUACCUCGUUUUGACCUUGUAUAGAUAUACUCAUUAUCUUUAAUACUGUCGAGCAGCAAGCAUUCAAGG